CUGCCUGUUGUGUCGGUGGUGAGAGAUGCUGAGUCCCAGCUCCUGCCUGAUGUGGGGGCCGUGGUGACAUGCAAGGUUUGCAGCAUUAACUCUCGCUUUGCCAAGGUGCACAUCCUGUACGUCGGCUCCACACCACUGAAAUCCACCUUCCGGGGGACCAUACGGAGAGAAGAUAUUCGAGCCACGGAGAAAGAUAAGGUAGAAGUGUACAAGAGUUUCCGCCCCGGCGACAUAGUCCUGGCCAAAGUCAUCUCCCUGGGGGACGCACAGUCCAACUACCUGCUCAGCACGGCGGAGAACGAGUUGGGUGUGGUGGUGGCACGCAGCGAGGCAGGGGUGCAGAUGGUGCCCAUCAGCUGGUGUGAGAUGCAGUGCCCACGGACACACACGAAGGACUUCCGUAAGGUGGCCCGCGUGCAGCCCCAGUUCCUGCAGACCUAG